GGCCUGGGAUUGAGGCAUUUCGAAGUUAGAAAGAAGAACAUACGAUAAGAUAAGUGCACGCCGGGUUUCUCUCCAUCCUUUUGUCGCGCACAGAACCUACGAAGGAAGCGAAAGAAAAUACUGCGAUAAUGGCGUUAGAACAAACAAUUGCAUUAACAAACAACUUCUUCUCUUCAACUCCUCGAAGCCCCUUUACUAGAACUCACAUCCCUGCAAAAUCUUUGUCUUUUCGCCUUUUUUCGCCGUUGAAGAAAGCAUCAAGGCAAACGGAACUUGCAGAACGUGGCAGCAUAAGGUGCUCAUUCGACUACAAUCGCAAUGGAAACAGUGACGUUCAUGUAUAUGAGUAUGAAAGAUUCGCUGGGCGUACUCAAUACCCACGACCUUCGGAAAUACAGUGGAACAAGGAACUUUGUAAUUCGGUGCAACUCAUUGGCAACGUAGCAGCGCCUGUCCAAAUUAAGCAUUUGAAUUCCGGAAAGGUAGUAGCUUGGACUCGCCUCGCUGUCAGGAAGUCUCAAAACGACACUACUUGGGUUAAUUUGACAUUUUGGGAUGAGUUGGCUAGUGUUGCCAAUCAGCAUGUAGAGAAAGGACACCAGAUUUAUGUCUCUGGUCGCCUAAUCUCAGAUACAGUUGAAGGUGAUGAUGGGAAACAGCAGACAUAUUAUAAGGUUGUGGUUCAGCAAUUAAAUUUUGUUGAAAAGACCUCUCCUUCUGUUGCCUCGUAUAAUGGGGACUCUAAUUCCAUGGCACCAAGUAGAAAGCAAAAUAAUUAUCCCGCAAAUACCACUGGAUCCACAGAGGAGUUAUGGCAAGCUUUCUUUGCUAAUCCGCUGGAAUGGUGGGAUAAUAGGAAGAACAAGCGGAGUCCAAACUAUCCAGACUUCAAGCACAAAGAUACAGGUGAAGCAUUGUGGGUAGAAGGCAGGUAUAAUCCAACAUGGGUAAAAUCUCAACUUGCAGUACUGGAUUCAAAGAUGGAAUCUUUUCAUGAUCAAAAUGGCAGCGCGAAUGCAGACUUCAUGUCCAUGGAAAAUUUCCAAUUUUAGCUGUUCUCCAUUUGAUUUUGGCUGUACUUUCAAAUAUACUCUUGUAUAGUUUUGUUUCUUCAAGUAGUAACAUAAAAUUUUGUGUUGUCUGUUUGCUAGUAUUGCUUUUCAAGGAAUUUAGUAUUCACAGGGAAGUUUGUGAAUCAUUCUACGGCGGUUGUAAGCUAAGAAGAAGAAUCUACUACAGUCAGCUUCAUAAUGGCA